AAAAGGGCUCCCUCCCCAUUCUCCUCCCUCCGCGAAAGGGUGUGCGUUUUGAAGGUUGUAUUUAUCUCGCUAACAUCACAUUACAAGGAGUACAUUUGCGKAGGGAUAACAUUAGAAGUCACUGUUGGAGCUAGAAAAAGUGUGAUGGAGCCACAGAUCCUCAUACUGACUGAGUUCAAGUAAGGUCUUGUCGGGACAGGGUACGGCGCAUACACGGAUGCGAAAGCAUGGAAUGCAGUUCAAAUAUCUAUGAUCCCCCACAAUUGCAACGUGACAGUUCUAAACGUUUCAUUCAAGGUCAACAUUGGACUUCGGUCAGCUGUAACCGCAGACAUUAUCGAUGAUAUUUAUCUUCUUGUGGAACAGGAAUUGUAUGAGCAGCAUCUUUUUACCGGUCGGCGGUGAGCAAUGACAUCUUUCACCGAAGAGAUUAACCUACGCUGUCAGUAUCUGAAACAAGAUUUCGGACCAAGUUUUCAAUUCAAAGUUGUGGUAUUUAGGAGUGGGUAUGUAACUUGCCAACUAACAUAGCACUGUAGCCGUGUCUUGAGCUCUCGGUGCCUGGAAGGAUAGCUAGCUCAGGCACCUUCUACGUUUCCUGCUUUCACGAAUGKUGUUAGCCAGCUUGCGACAGYACCUGGAACUGCUGCAUCCCUCUCAAAUAGCUAACUAAAGUUGGCUAGCUAGCCAGCCAAUUGUCGAACAUGGAUAUUUUGUCGGUCCUUUGGAAAACCAGUUGCUAGUGAGGAAAGUGUGUUCAUGACACGCUAACUACACGAUUUCCAGCUCACUUUCCCCCCUAAAUUCUUUAAGUUAUAAAAACGAAUUUCAACAUGUCUGUUCGCGUAGCCUUACACUCACCCAGUGGCUCCAGAAGUUUUCUGGAGCGGGGACUCCUACUUCUGGUGAUAUUGAUCUUACUGGAGGGCACCGUACUGACGCUUGGAGCUGCCAGCUCACCGGACAUCGGCGCUCAGGACAACACUGGAGGACACGACCACCGCGACGACCACAGAGGGAUAGAAGGCAGUCACGGCCAUACUAACUACACGUACACAAAAAAGGCCUUUCCUGUCCUGUCUCUAGAUUACCAUCACAUACAGGUGCCUUUCGAGAUCUCGUUGUGGGUGUUGCUGGCCUCAUUAAUGAAAUUAGGGUUCCACCUGAUCCCCCGGCUGUCCAGCAUCGUGCCCGAGUCCUGUCUGCUCAUUGUGGUGGGCCUCCUGGUCGGCGGACUCAUCAAGCUGGUGGGCGAGGAGGUACCCCCCGUGCUGGACUCCAAGCUCUUCUUCCUGUGCCUCCUCCCCCCGAUCAUCCUGGAUGCGGGCUACUUCCUGCCCAUCCGGCCCUUCAUGGAGAACAUCGGCACCAUCCUGAUGUUCGCCGUGGUCGGCACCCUGUGGAACGCCUUUUUCGUAGGGGGUCUCCUCUACGCCGUGUGCCAGAUCGAGGGCACGUACCUGAGCCAGGUGGAGCUGCUGCCCUGCCUGCUGUUCGGGAGCAUCAUCUCGGCCGUGGACCCGGUGGCCGUGCUGGCUGUGUUUGAGGAGAUCCACAUCAACGAGCUGCUGCACAUUCUGGUGUUCGGAGAGUCGCUGCUCAAUGAUGCCGUCACUGUGGUCUUAUACCACCUGUUUGAGGAGUACUCUGGGGCAGGCGAGGUAACGCCAAUGGACGUGGUCCUCGGGGUCAUCUGCUUCCUGAUUGUGUCGCUGGGCGGCAUCGCCGUGGGCGCCAUCUACGGUAUCCUGGCGGCCUUCACCUCCCGGUUCACCUCGCACACCCGCGUCAUCGAGCCCCUCUUCGUGUUCGUUUACAGCUACAUGGCCUACCUCUCGGCUGAGAUGUUCCACCUGUCUGGAAUUAUGGCGCUGAUUGCGUGCGGCGCUGUGAUGCGACCCUACGUGGAGGCCAACAUAUCCCACAAGUCCCACACCACCGUCAAGUACUUCCUGAAGAUGUGGAGCAGCGUGAGCGAGACCCUCAUCUUCAUCUUCCUGGGCGUGGCCACGGUGGCCGGGCCGCACUCCUGGAACUGGACCUUUGUCUCCGUCACCGUCAUCCUCUGUCUGGUGUCACGUGUCAUUGGCGUGGUGGGCCUUACCUUCAUCAUCAACAAGUUCCGCAUCGUCAAGCUGACCACCAAGGACCAGUUCAUUGUGGCCUACGGUGGCCUGCGAGGGGCCAUCGCCUUCUCCCUGGGCUACCUGCUAGACAAGGACCUCUUCCCCACGAAGACCAUGUUCCUCACUGCCAUCAUCACCGAAAUCUUCUUCACCGUGUUUGUACAGGGCAUGACUAUCAAACCCCUGGUGGACCUGUUGGCCGUGAAGAAGAAGCAGGAGGCCAAGCGCUCCAUCAAUGAGGAGAUCCACACCCAGUUCCUGGACCAUCUGCUGACUGGCAUUGAGGACAUCUGUGGACACUACGGCCAUCACCACUGGAAAGACAAGCUAAACCGCUUCAACAAGAAGUACAUAAAGAAGUGCCUGAUAGCGGGCGAGCGCUACAAGGAGCCGCAGCUCAUCGCCUUCUACCACAAGAUGGAGUUCAAGCAGGCCAUCGAGCUGGUGGAGAGCGGCGGGGGCGUCAAGCUGCCCUCCGCCAUGCCCUCGCAGGUCUCCAUGCAGAACAUUCAGCCCAAGAAGCUGCCGCCCGCUGUAGCAGAGCGGGCCCUGCCUCAGUUCACCAAGGGCCGUGAGGAGGAGAUCAGGAAGAUCCUCAGGAGUAACCUGCAGAAGACCCGCCAGAGGCUGCGCUCCUACAACCGACACACUCUCAUGGCCGAUCCUUUCGAGGAUGGAUGGAAUGACUUCCUCCUGAAGAAGCAGAGGAUGAUCGAGCUAGAGAAGAAGAUGACAGAGAUGAGUAACUACCUCACAGUCCCUGCCGCACCUCCCGACUCCCCCACCAUGUGCAGAGCCAGACUGGCCUCAGACCCCAACGCCUUCUACAACAUCAAGGCGUCUUCAGACGGCGUCCCCACCAUCCAGGUGGACCUAGCCUCCCCCCAGUCCCCGGACUCUGUCAACAUGCUGAACGAGUUCUCCAAGCGGGGUGCCACGGACCAGGGCCUGGGUCAGAGGGAGGGGGCCGACCGGGAUGAGGACCAAGGCCUGAUGAUGAAGCCGUCCUCGGCCGGGAAAGAGGAGAAGGGAGAGGAAGAGGGGGGCAACAAGAACCCAGGGCUGAUGAGGUGUCUGAGUGACCCGGGCCCUAGUAAUGAGGACGAGGAGGAUGAACCAUUCCUUCCCUAAAAAAAACAACUAGCUCCUCCCAUUGUGAGGAAUAGGGAGGGGUGUGGUUGCAGCAGCUCCUCCCCCUGAGCGGGGCACUACAGGGGAAAGGUCCACCUCCUCUCACUCCACCACCACCUCAUUUGAGUUUGCUAUCCCAUUGGUUGAGGAACCAAUGAAGCCAAAACUGUUAAGAAAGGACUUAGGACAUAACUUGUUUUAUGACCCAAAAGAGAAAAGGAGACUAUAGCCAUCUAUAGCCAUCUUUUUUCAAUAGUUGUCAUUGCUCUUUUUUCCUUUUUUAAGUGAUAGGAAGGCAGUCGCCGCCUUGGGUCAUCUUGGGUUUGGUGGGAAUUAGCCCGAGAGACGGGGGAACAUAAUUAUGCGUUACCAAAGGUUUGGACUGGUGACAAAGUUCCACAUUUGUUUUCAUAACCUUUACGAUCGUUCUUCUACUUUCAAGAAAAGUCAGACACUUAGAGUAAACCCCUUUUCACUAGGUGCAUUUUUAUCACACAAUUAAAACCACUUAACUGCUUCUUUUGAAUUUCAGGGUUAAUAUGAGACUGUUGUUUAUGUGGUUGUCUUUUGUCAUCGUUUGGCAUUCAGCUGGUCAGGGUUUUACUUGGUGCUGUACACAGGAUGUACUCCACGCUGGAUGUAAUGUUUUCACUGUGCUAAACCCGAUGGACCUCUUUCUUCAAGGUCUCGCCCUAAAGCUAAGGAAUGUGCCAAGCGCAGACUUGGAAAUGUUGAGAUGCAAACCCUGGCAUCGCCGCUUCAAGCAUCGCCUCUCUAUUUGAAUCGAACGUACAACAUCGCCAGCAUCACCGAGACGUGUAUGCUGUGCAGUAUAAGCUCUAUUUACAUAAAAUAAGGAUUGUGAUGCAACACCAGGAGAUGUGUUGAUCUUGAAUGGACUUAACUCCCCUAUAUAAGCCAAUCCCGAAAAUCACACCAAAUACUCUUAUCCUCCUGACACCCAGCCAAAACAUUUUUUGGAAUGUCUUCAUUUUGUGUUUUGAGUUACAAUAAUUUACAAAGACAAAUUUGUUUUGCGCUGUAGUGGACAUAAAGAAACGGUUGAUAGUAAAUAUAAAAAAUGUAUAUUACAGUAGGUAAACAUAGUUGUCACAUCCUGAUGUCCUCUACAAAGGACAUUUUUAAUGUGAAAAAAGGAUUACACUGCUCUGAUAACUCACCAAAUUAUUUCUAAGAUAUUUACUAGAAGCAAUUUGAUUAUCAAACUCACAAAAUUUUAUUACACAACUACACACACUUAUCUUCUUACCACAACAUAUGCUAAUUGUGUUGGCAGCCAUUUUGAAAAUCCAGGAAGAGAAAGUUAUCCAGGUCACACCCCCACUCAUGUGAUAUCAUUGAAAAAUCCAGAAUGUCCUCUCAGGUACAACGGGACUUAAUACAGUGGCAUGUCAAAGAGAGUGUACAAAAAUGAAUUGGUGGGUCUCAGGAGGAUAUGUUCCCUUUAAGAAAAUGCUCUAGUAUGGGCCAUUUCAGAACCAUUUUGUGGUGUUUCCUCCAUAUUCUCUUGCCGGUAGUCGCAUCUUACAAUUCAUCUUACAUCUUAUGGGUUUGAUCUGUUCUUUACUCUCUUGCACCUUAUUUACAUCAACUGUUUUGACAUUUUUAAAAGACCUAGUUGUCAGUUUAACGUUCCCCAUUGGUUUUUAGCACUCCCCUUUUGAAAAUCUAGUGACAUUUUGGGUUUUAGGCAUCACUGUAAAGGAUGUGAGGAGACUAUGGAUCUUUAUCGUCUAACCACCUCAAUGGCCAAGAAUAUAUAAUUCAUUUAACCUUUUAUUUAUCCAGGUGAGUCAAUUAAAAACGAAUUCUUACACUCUGACUACACCGGCUGUGCAUGCGUCCACCAUUGCGCGUAUGUUUGUCGAUCCACACCAGACGUGAUCAUGACACGCGGGUUAAAAUAUCAAAACCAACUAUGUUCAUUUGGGGCAAGUCGAAACACACAUGGAACAUUUAGCCAGCUAGCUCUUGCUAGGUAGUUUGUCCUAGGAGAUGGACAUUGGGUUGUAAUUGUACCUGACAUGCAUAUUGUCCUUUUUAUUAGCUGGUUCUUUGUAUAAUUUUUGACCCGGUGUGUUUCUCUACUCCGACGUUUUAAUCCAUCGAUUAAAAAGGGAAACCUAGUUUGUUUUUAGUUUGUUAUCUUUAGUGAACCUCUCCUCGUUUUGUGUCUCAAGCUUUCGCGUGGGUUUGUAUCUUCCCGAUAUCCAAUAAGGAGGGGACUUGCAGCGCAACUCUAAUAGAACAAAGUUGUAUUUUAGCACUUGGCUACGCAGACCCUUCGUCACACGAGUGAGCACCACAUGGCCGGUGAGGUUUCCAUGUUAUUUAUCAUGAUGGCCUGGAGAUACAGGCAUGAGGACAUGGGCAAAACUAGCUAUUCAAUGCAGUAUAUUGGUGAAAAUGUGCAUAGCGAUUUAUAUUGAUUAUAACCAUUUUAAUUGAACGAUGCCCUUUAAAGCAAAUGCCAUGCUGUAAUGUCGACGCAAACGAAGAGGUCAUCGCUCCUCUGCUAACAUUGAGGUUUAUAACCAUCACAGGUAGUGCGCUAGCUAGUUGUAAGCAAAUUCACAUCCGAACGCAAGAGCCAACACCUAUUCUGCUCGCACAACAGCGUAAAGCUAAUCUAGGGUUUGUGUAAGACAAUGAAAACUUUGACAUGUACAGUAUAUGCUUGUAUAGGUAUUAUGUAUACAGUACAUUGCUUCUCUUUUCUACACAAAGCCAUACGAUCAAUAGGAACAAUUGAGUAAUUGAUUUGAUUUUGAUUUCAAAAGACCGUUAGCUAUAUGGUCAAUGUGAUUACUGUUGCCCCUCAACCCACCUACUGUAUAACCAUCUUAGAUUUGUAGCAUGAGUGACAACUUUAGCUGGAGUCUGUCUCAACUAGAGAAGCCUAAGAUGUCCAAGACCGUGGCCUAGUUUGCUGAUUGUCACCUUCCUCUCCGACCUCCGUGUGCUGUCACUUUACGCCCAGAAAGAGAGAGAGUCUCGUUACAGCUGAGGAGAGAAGGGAGGAGAGAGAGGGGUCUCGUUACAGCUUAGGGGAGGAGAGCGAGAGGAAGGGAGAGGUGCACGGUGGUUACUGAGGUUACAGUAGAGAGGGGAACAUUAGGACGGUGUGACGAUGUAAUGGCGUGCUUCUAAGAAACCGUGGCCACUCGCGCACAUAAAGUACUACAUCGUGUGUGUGUGUGGUGUUCUCCUUUCAUGUCCCCAUUCCCUCACAUGGGCAUUGCAGUGACGGGUACUUGUAGGUUGAGUCCAGGAAAGUAAAAUAUAUCAAGCGUCUCACUUUCUUCACUUAAACCAAAUUGAAUGAUGUGUUGAAAUGUCAGAGCUUGUUGUAAAGGACAGGCUGCUUCGGCUGUGAGAGUAGACGAGGACAAGGUCUUAUUGAUCAGAGAGGGGUUUAAAAUGAAGCUUUACGGAAUGAUUGACAUUUGAUACUUCCCUGGCAGAUUUUUCUCUCCAUUGUAUUGUUAUUUAAACGACACCAGAAAUCUAGUAUAGUAUGAACAUGACAUUUACAAGGUUUCCGAAACGGGUUAUGUAAGGGCAGCCAUAGAAAGUCAACUUUAGCUUGGAAACUAGCCCUGGAAACUGUUUCUAAAAAUUUGCCUUAGUGCUAGUGGAAGAGCAGUUUACUUCGAAGCUUUCCCAUUGCACUUUUAUUUGGCCACCACUUAAAGACCGUCAAUGGUUUCCUGCUGGAAAGGAGGAACUACUGUUAUCGUUAGUGUUCAGAAGACCGAUCUUUAAAUUUAUACUGAACAAAAAUAUAAAUGCCACUUGCAACAAUUUCAAAGAUUUUACAGAGUUACAGUUCACAUGAGGA